AUGCCGCCAAAAAGUAAAGGAAUAGUCAAAAAGACAGAUCAGGCGAUGGGUUCAUCCCUCAAAGCUAAGAAUAAUAAGAAGAAACAAGUUUUUAAAGCACUACUAGAUAACCCGUUCACAUCAAAUAAUUGGCCAUUUAUUCAACCAAAAGAUUCCGAAGAUAUAUUGACUGUUUUCAAGGUGCUAAUAAAGCCACAUUUUAAUCAAGUCAAUGCUGAAGAUAAACCUAAAAUAUUUAAAAGUCCUCAUGAAGGGGUAUAUUUCGGUUUUAAUUCUAUAGUGGAGACAUUAGAAAGACAAGCAUCGAAUUUUAGAGGAAAGAAAAAGGAUUCAAUAGAACCUUUGAAAUAUUUAUUAGUUUGUAAGAAUGAAUUACCUUCAGUUAUGACAGAUUUAUUACCAACAUUAUGUUUCACAGCCUCAAAAGAUCAAAACGAUAAGGUUAAGUUGAUUCAAUUACCUAAGGGGAGUAUGGAAGUACUAUCUAAUUGUAUCGGUAAACCAAGAUGUGGAAUAAUUGCACUUAAUAAACGGGAAGAAUUUGAAUCGUUGAACAUUUUGAUGGAUAAAGUUGAUGAUAUUACGAUUCCUUGGUUAAAUGACAUAUUUAAUUCACCAACACAAUUUUAUGCUCCAAAGAUAUCUACAAAUAAACCUAACGUUGUAUAG